AUGCCCAACCCCAAUCGUGUCACCGAGAAACUCUUCCAGUCACCGUCAAAGUACAUCCAGGGCCCGUCAGUGAUCCGUAAUGCACCAAAGUACCUCUCAUCCUUUGGAGGCGCACCGUUGCUACUUUGUGAUGAUGUUGUCUUUGGAAUCGCUGGCAAGGAGCUCACUACCGCGCUUGAAGUAGCAAACUUCAAGGUGACACGAGGCAUUUUUGGUGGCGAGGCAUCAAAGGACGAGAUUGCCCGCCUCAGUGCGCUCGGCAAGGAAAAGUCGGUCGACUUCAUCAUCGGGCUUGGAGGUGGCAAGACUGUCGAUAGCGCUAAGGCUAUUGCGGAUGAUCUGGGGCUGAAGGUUGCCGUACUGUCGACGACUGCAUCGACUGAUGCACCUUGCUCUGCCCUCUCUGUUCUUUACCGGCCAAACGGCGAGUUCGAGAACUAUCGGUUCUACUCGAAUAAUCCCUCCAUUGUCCUCGUUGACACGAGCGUUGUCGUUCAGGCCCCCGCACGCUUCCUUGCAUCAGGCAUCGGUGAUGCGCUCGCAACACACCUUGAAGCCAAGGCCGUGCGGAAUAGUCCGAACUUUGGCGGUGGGCUCCCAACCGAGGCUGCUUCAGCAAUCGGCGCGAGGUGCGAGGAGAUUCUAUUCAAAUACGGCCGGCAGGCGGUGGAAGCAAAUAAAGCAAAAGCAGUUACUCCAGCGUUUGAAGCGGUCGUAGAAGCGAAUACCCUUCUUUCUGGCCUGGGCUUCGAGUCUGGUGGUGUUGCUGCGGCGCAUGCUAUUCACAAUGGCCUGACCGCCAUCGACAACCAUACCUUGCAUACUAAGAUGCACGGGGAAAAAGUUGCUUUUGGUAUAGUCUGUCAGCUCAUCCUUGAUGGUGCUCCCACGUCCGAGAUGGACCGUUACAUCUCGUUGUUGGUUUCCGUCGGGCUCCCUACAAUGCUUUCUGAUUUAGGCAUUGGAAAUGCGACUGACGAAGAGUUGAGACGCGUGGCAGCCCUCGCGUGUGCGCCGAACGAGACAAUCUGGAGUAUGGACAGGGUAAUUACAGAAGAGAUCGUGUUCAAUGCAAUCAAGGGGGCAGAUGUGGCGGGAAAAGACUACAAGGUACGCAAUGGUUAUUCCCUGUGA